AUGGAGCUUGCUUUCGUCGUAUUCCUUUUACUUCCAAAUUUAAGUACUAUAAAGAUACCAAGAUUAAAAGAACGCUCUUUUACCUCUCCUCCUCAAAAAAUCAAUUCUCAAAAAUCCCAAGGCUACUUUGCAAAAGCCCGAGAACUUGUAACAUUCUAUAAGAAUGGUCUGAAACAAUUAUGGGAAAAUCAGAAAGUCGCACGACAAUUGAAAGCGAAAAGAGAUGAAAACCUAAGCUCGCUAACUCGGCAUGAAUUUCAAUUGGCAUGUAUUAGAACUGCUGAUUCGGAUCGAUCGAAGUUGAUUCCAUUCGCAUUAGUUCUAAUCACGAUUCCUGAACUGUUGCCGCUUUUGGUUAUUAUGGCACCUUUUUUAGUGCCCAGCACAUGUGUAACUCCUGAACAAUUGGAGAAAAGAAGACACAAAUUAUACGAAAAGCAACAAACGAUUCAUAAUGAGAUACUGGGGAGUUCUAACGUUGCCAACUUGGCAGAAGAAGAUUUUCAAAAUUUACAACGUAUGAUUCAACUUCAAAGGACUGUUGAAGGCCAUAAAGUUUCUUUGAAGAAUUUCAAUUCGCACCUGUUGAAAUAUUUUUGUAAAUUCAUGGACUUGAGAACAUGGGGCACCAGAAAAAUGUUACAAAAAAGACUGGAAAAACAUUUAGAUUACAUAUUUGAAGAUGAUUUGAUGAUACAAAAAGAGGAUGUGACUAAAUUAACAAUCGAUGAACUCUUAAAAGCGAGUCAAGAACGCGGGAUACGAUGCAUAAACAUAUCCAAAAGUCAAAUGCGUCAUGCACUAGAUUACUGGAUUUCGUUACACUUAAAUGAAGAUCCAGAAAUAUCCGAUUUUUUGUUGAUGUUCAGUCGUAUAUUCUUAUUGGAUGCAAAGUAUUUUGCGAUGGAAAAUGAUUCAUUGUCAAGUGGGAAAAAGAAAAAAGAAAUUGUCGCAGAGAUUUGA